GACUAAUUUUAUAUAUCCUUCCUCUUCUUUGUUUCCAGGCCAUUCUAUUGGCUUUACGUGAACCACUAUCGAAUACUAUCCUAAUUACUAUCUCGAAUUUAAUAAUAAAAAAAAUUAUGAUAUCUUUUGUAUUAAAGUUUCAAUGAUUUGUUAGAAGUUUUUAGUGAUAGAUGAUAUGGAUUUGAAAUUGUCAGUGAUUAAUUCAGUUCUAAAUUAAUUUAUUCUAAAUGUCUUCUAUAUUAUAAGCCCAUGAAUGAUUCUAUCAACGAUUAACCAACAAUUAACAGCAAGAAUAUUUCCACGCCAGAUCAGGAGUUCUUGGCCACGAUUCUAGGGGUUGGUGCGGUGGGGGUCCACGAUAAAUAUCUGGGGCUUCCAACGCUGGUUGCUCGGUCCAAAAUGGCUACUUUCAGAUAUUUGGAGGAAAAACUCCUAGAGCGACUUUAGGGGUGGGGUGGAAGCAAAAGACAUUGUCGUGGGCUGCUAAGGAAACAUUGAUUAAAUCCAUAGCGUUGGCUCUUCCCCUUCAUGUUAUGUCAUGUUUCCGUCUUCCCCUGGCUCUUUGUCGUCUUUUAGAUAAGCAUGUGGCCCGUUUUUUGUGGGGUGCAGAGGACGGUACUCCCAAAAUUAUAUGGGUGUCCUGGCGUAACAUGUGCAGGAGUAAGCAUGAUGAGGGGAUGGGAUUUCGCCAGUUCGAACAUUUCAACCAAGCUCUGUUGGCUAAGAUAGGCUGGCGUAUUCUCAAUGAACCUCAAUCACUUAUUGCCCAGGUCUAUAGAGGCAAGUAUUUCCCUCAAGGGUCUUUCCUGACCGCGACUGCUAGGUCUCGUCCCUCUUGGGGGUGGCAAAGUAUCCUGCAUGGGCGUCAGUUAUUGGAGAGGGGUUUGAGAUGGCAGGUUGGUAAUGGCCAAUCGGUCUCCCGUCCUUCAUUCUAACUGGAUUCCUAGGUACCAAUUUGAUCCCCCAAGCUAUAAUCCGCGGAUCUUGCCAGAGGGGGGUGAUCCCUUGGUGGCGGAGGAUAUUUGUGAGGGGGGAGGGAGGUGGUUUGAUGAGAAGCUCAGUCAAUGGUUUGACUCGCCUACCUGUAAGGCUAUUAAAGUUAUUCCUCUCCCGCGUUGGGACGUGCCUGAUAAGCUUAUCUGACAUUUUACGGCUGACGGGGUCUUCUCGGUUAAGUCGGCCUAUCAUUUGGAUGUCGAUUUGGACAGGAGGAGGGGUAGGUGGCGAUCCUCGGUUAGCUGGAUGGAUAAGCCGAGUUGGAUUAGAGUUUGGGAGGCGAAGAUCCCUCCGAAGUUGAAGGUUUUUGUUUGGCAAAUUCUUAAUCGGGCUCUGCCGACUAUGGAGGCGCUUAUUGAGAAAAAGGUCUAGGUGCUACCUCGGGUGUCCAGUUUGUUGGGAUGACCCGGAGACAAUGGAACACCUGUUCCUUUAUUGUCCGGUUGCGCGGCCCUCUGGGAUUAUUCUGUGCUAGAGUACUUGGGGGAGGGUUUGCCUCGACAUACUUUUCCUUUAUUUCUCAAACGGCUGUUUGGGUUUGAUCCAUCAACCGUCAGUGGUUAUGGCUGUUGUUGCCAUCCUUUGGAGGAUCUAGCGAUCUCGGAAUUGGAUAGUGUUUGAAGGCAAACAAUUUGGGAUCCCGGCACUCAUGCGACAGUUUAACCAACAGUAUGAGGAAUGGGUGGGCCUAACAGCGGAUCAGGCGCCUAGGGCUCAAAUCCCGAUAAUGCAAUCUACAGCACAAGUGGGUGAUUCCCAUUUGGUUUGCAUGUGGGACAGAGCUACUAAAGGUGGGUCACAUUCGGCUGGUGGGAUGGUUCUUUUUGACACAGCGCGGACAUUCCUUCUGGCUAGAGGGGUCCAGUUUUCUCAAAUGGAUGAUCCUGUAGUGGUGGAAUUGCUUGUGCUUAGGAAUGCUAUUAUUUGGUGUGUGGAGCAAGGUUUGUCGGAGGUCCGAUUUUAGGGCGAUGCAAAGGUGAUUAUUGACAAAAUUAAUCAAGCCGACACAAGGGAUAGCCGCUUGGGUACUGUUCUGGAAGAGAUUGCUCAUUAUUUUCGUACUCAGCCUGGAUUUAGUGUGCAUUUUGUAGGUCGGGAGAACAAUAAGGUAGCUCAUUUGGUAGCUAGAAAAGCCCUCUCUUUGUAUCCGACUAUGAGUCGCUUCUUUAAUUUCCAGACCUGGCUGGUUUCCAGGAUGUAACUGUCUUUUUUCGAUCAAUACAUGAUAUCUUUUGAC